AUGAUCCCUACUGCCAUAACCGAGUCUGUCCCAAACAAGUCUCCUAUUGUCGCCAAGGAUAUGCACCUGCCAGCCUCGGACGUAACACCCCUGGAGGCGACAGGCCAUAACAACGUUGCUCUCCCAAGCAUCCCGGAAUUCGAGUCCUUUGAAGCCCACCGGCAAUGGCAACUGGAACAUAUGGUCAGCUCGUUCCAUGUCUUCGCUCGGGAAGGAUAUGCAGAAGGAAUCAGCGGUCACAUCAGCGUUCGAGACCCCGAAUUCGAAGAUCGAUUCUGGAUCAACCCUCUUGCCGUGCAUUUUGGCAUGAUGCAAGUGAGUGACUUGAUCUGCAUCGACAUGAAGGGAAACGUUGUUGGCGGAAACACGUCUGUUCCGGCAAAUGCCGCUGGGGUGUCCAUCCACACAGCCUGCCAUCUAGCCCGACCGGAUGUUCAUGCCAUCUGCCAUACUCACUCGCCGUAUGGACGGGCCUGGUCUGCAUUUGCACGCCCGCUGGAGAUGCUUAACCAGGACGCAUGCUAUCUGUAUAAUGCACAUUCCAUAUACGAGACCUUCGGCGGAAUUGCCUUGUCAGCGGAUGAAGGGAAACAAAUCGCAGCAGCUCUAGGCCCCAACAACAAAGCCUGCAUUUUACGAAACCAUGGUCUGCUGACUGUUGGCAGCACUGUCGAUGAGGCGGCAUAUCUCUUUAUCUGCAUGGAGCGGAGUUGCAAAGAGCAGCUGCUUGUUGAGGCAGCCGCAGCGAAUGGAAUUGCUAAGCAAUAUAUUGAGGACAGGGAGGCAGCGUAUACAUUUCGUAUGGCAAGUGGCCCCCAAACACUCUAUUGGGAAUUCCAACCGCAUCUGAAGUAUGAAAGGUAUUGUAGGGGAGAUCACCUCGGGUAUUGA